AUGGAAGAGCUUAGGUGGAAUAUCACUUUUGUGAACUGUGAUACACCAGAAAAUUUCGAGUCUCAAAUGCGCGAUCAAGGUGGAUGGAUAUCUAUGCCGAGGCCUUCUUAUCCAAUCCAAGUAAUAAUUGGCUUGCAUUCUCUUGCAGUUGUCAACAAAAUUAUUAUUGAGCCUGUUGAUGAGCGUAUUCCUAAAGCAAUCGAAUUUAGUGUUGGCACCAGCGAAUCAAAUUCUGAAUAUGCUCACAGUAGCUUCAAGAACGUUAGUUUCCAGUCAUGUGGAACGUUAACAUUGCCAGUACGCAGUAGGGCUGAAAAGUUUGUAGAAGCAGAAACAUUCUUUCUUGAAAAAAUGUGUAACUGUGUACGUUUAAACAUUUUGGAACCGCACGGUGUUCAGAACAAUCCAAAAAACCAAGUUGGGAUCGCAAAAAUUGCGGUACUGGGGUCGUCAGCAAACGAAGAUUAUAAUCAAUCCAGAGGAAGAGUGAAUGAGCGGAGCAAACUGCAAACUGGUAAUUCUGCAAUGAGAGGAGGCUUUUCCUCACCAGUGGGAACUUCGAGAACGAUAGAUUCUAAAGAUAAUAACUCCUACAGAGAGCACGAUGGGUUUGCUUCAACCGGUGGACUUCUCGCAGAAGAUCCUCUUACCUGUGUUCGUACAAUUCGUAAAGUAAUUAAUGAGCGUUUAGAAUUUGCAAGAAAAACCGAUCGCGAAGUUAUGAUGACAAUGUGCAAACGAGCUAUAGAUAGGUUUGAUGAGUGCGAAAUGCGUCUUGUGAAAAUUAAAAGUGUCAUGUCUAAAGCGUUAGCAUCUGGGGACCUCAAAAAAGUAACUGCAAAGAAUGUGAUAAUUGAAACGAUGCCUAAACAAUUAAACAAGUCUAUUACUGCUUUAAUUCCAAAUUUCAGUGAAAUUAUUGCUGGUGAAUGA